AUGGCACCGCGUGGUUUCACAAAUCCCGCUCCGAGGACUGAAUCAGCGCGGUCUGCGCUCAGCUCCUUCACCUGCAGCCUCUGCAACAAAUCUUACUCGCGCCACCCGGAAUACGAGGCACAUAUUGGCUCAUACGAUCACCUGCACAGAAAGCGUUUGCAAGACCUCAAACAGCUAACACGGGAUCCAAAUGCCCUCGAGAAGAACCGUCGAGCAGAACGUAAAGCCGAUGCGCAGGCCGGUCUGAAAGUCAUCGAGACUCCUGUGGCCAAUGUGGUACCAAGUGGAGGAGGUACUGGUUUCAAGAAGGGAGGUUUCAAAAGCUCAUUCUCCGCUGUCAAGGGAACGGCAGCCUCCACAGCCCCAGUCAAGAAGAAGAACGUUCUAGGAGACGACGACGAGAGUAUUAGCCCGAAACCUCAAACCGAUGCUCCCGCAGAUAAAGAAAGACAAAAGAAUGAACAUGGUGAUGUUGAAAGUGAUGACGAGGAAUAUGGCCCAGAAGGCUAUUAUGACCCUCGGCGGCCAACGGACUGUUUUGCUGGGUGUGUUGCCCAAAAGGUCUGA